AUGCAUCGGUGGGAUGUCCCGUGCCUGCCCACCAUGUAUGGUGUAAUGAGGGCAGCCCAGAUCUACGGGGGCACCAAGGGCGCAAAGCACCUUCCGUGGAACGAGACGGUGUGUAAACACCGCGGGGAUGAGAAGUGCUCACUCACACCUACUUGGGAAAAACAAAGACUGGAUUCAAGAAAACAAUUGUUGAAGUGA